GAGGCAGAGGGGGAGGAGGGAGGACAGAUGAAGCGCUUACAGAACGAAAGCGGUCGCGUUUAAACUCAACAGUUUCUCAGCACACAGCGAGCAGCGCCUCCUCCUCUUCUUCCCCCUCCUUCAUCCUCCGUGCAUCCAUCCUCCUCCUCCUCCUCCGUUCCUCCUCUCCAUGCCGGCGGAGGUCUCCGCGGGGCUGCCAUGGCGAAGAUCCGGGUGUCGUACGAGUACUCCGAGGCCGAGGACAAGAGCAUCCGGCUGGGCUUGUUCCUGAUCGCCUGCGGGAUCCUCAGCCUCUUCAUCCUGGGCUUCUGCUGGCUCAGCCCGACCCUGCAGAGCCUCCAGAGCAAGCCGGCCAACUGCACGGUGAGCCCGGCUGCCAGCUCCGAGCUGCCACCGCUGCUGCCGGAGCCGCCGCCGUACAAGGAGGUGGUGUCGGUGUUGCGUCCGGAAGAGAUGUUCGAGUGCGUGUUCACAUGUGGAGCAGACUGUAAGGGAACGUCGCUCUACCCCUGCCUGCAGAUCUUUGUCAACAACUCCGAGUCCAACUCUGUGGCUCUGCUGCACUUUGACGAGCAGCAGCUGGUCCUCAACCCAAAGUGUUCGUUUGUGCCUCCGUGUGAGAGGGACAACCAGAAGAACAGAGACAGCGUUCUGUGGUGGGAGGAUUACUUCACCAAAGAGGUCAACAGCCAGUCGUUCAUCUGCUUCUUCAACCAGCAGCGACGGCCUGAUGACGUGUUGUGGCGCCGUUCCCAUGACACCAGUGUCCUGUUACACUGUGUUCUUUGGCCAAUGGUUUCCCUCCUUCUGGGCACACUCAUUGUGCUCCUGACGGUAUGUGCUCGCUCCCUGGCUGUUCGAGCCGAGGCCCUCCAGAAGAGGAAGUGCUCCUAUGAGGUCUGCCAAGACCUGUCUGCCAUGCCACCUGACCGCUGCGGCAGCAAGGCCAGAGACCCACUCACGACAAACUCUGACCCCGAGCUGUCAUCGCCCUCAAGGACCCUGCCGCUGUUUGCGGUCCCAGUGCGGCGCAGAGAUCGGGAACAUUAGAGCGAGCAGAAAGAUGUUUCUUCAGCAUGAAAUCACUAAGAAUGCCAAUGAGCCGGUGGGCGAAGUCGACUUAAUGGCUAAAGACGCCACCAACAACCCAUUGCUGUCCGGACUGGUUGGUAUGAUCAGAAUGUUUGAAUGAGGUGAAGAUGAGGGGACAUCCACUGUUGCCUAUAGAUUUCAGCAGGAAGACUAUACAAAACUUCAGACUUUUUCCUGAUUUUAGCUUAAAGUGGAUCAGUGGAAAUCUUCUGACUAGCAAUGAAAGGCUGUUUAAAUGAGGGUAGUUGGUGUUGGGUACUGAUAGCUGAUUCUACUUUGGGUCUGGUUUCUAGUCAUCAAGAAACCCAGACUUAUUAAGUUCUGGUGUUUUAAGAGUCUCUUAUCAAGUAUCUUUAUCUAUUAUACUUGUUCAGUCAUUUCAGCUUAUAUGUGAGCUCCAAUAUUUGGAUUAUAUAAUUUGUUAUAGACCAGCUAUAUAAAUGAGUUUGUUCCAACUAUUAAAUGGGAAAAAUCUGUAUUCAUCAGAGAUCUUUCAGUGAUCAUCCAUCAGUUUCUGGCUUCGUCCAGCAGCAACUAAUCACAUAUAGAACAAUAUAUGUUCAAGAUAUUCUGGGAAUGGGGUAAAAGUCAUUUAAAUUUAACCAUCUCCAGUUCAGAUUAUUGAACUGGAAGUCCCAUUAUGACCUACUUUUGCCUCAGCGAUGAGAGCUGGAUCUCCUCCAAUCUCAAAACAAUAAACACUGAUCUUAAUUUCAAUUUUAGAAAAGUGGACAAAGUUGGAUUGAGGUGAGUCUGGCAAAUACACUGUCGCAAGAAAAUGAUUGAGAUCAGCCAAAUUUGAAUCAGGUAGGGUUUUUGAUUCUUAGAAAUUUUUGACACCUUGUGCUGAUCUUUGACUUGUGUUUUUAAGUUGUUAUACAAAGCAUGAAAGCUGAGAUUCUAUCAGAGAUUUAGAUUUAAUAGGAUGCUAUCAAAGCCCAACCCAAACCCUCACGCUGUGAUUGAUGAUGCAGUCAGGACAAGACAAGCAUAAGGACUGACUCUUGGGAAGUAACUGCUCUUCUGUAGCUCUCUUAUUAAUGUAGUUUCCCUUCAAGUCCCAGUAGCCAUGAAUGUUUCUUAACAGAGGUGCAAAGUCCUGAUGUUACCUUCAGGAUUGUCUCUGCUGUUCUAGCUUGUGCAACUCAAGGCAGUCUUUUGCUGAGAAUUUCUUUCAUCAGUCUUCUAACAAAUGAGACAUAUUACAUAUGUAAAGAUAAAUAGUUGUCUACUACAGCACUUUUAUAGUACAAUUUGAACCCUAUAGGAGCUUAGCAAUGAUUUUGUUUUGUUGAAAAAAGUUUUUACCAGCACACAGUCACAACUGUUGUUUUCUCUUUGAUUUGUAUCAAUGGUCAUAGAAAAUAUCUGGAUUGUUUAGUCGUCUCUUGUGCUCUUGGUUGU